CAAUCACUAACGCUCUCAGUUGGUCACUUAACUCCAACAAUGGCACUCAAUUUUUUCGACCCGAAAACCGAACUCACCAAAGACAAAAAUCUACGAGAGGACGACAUCAAAACAUUGAUUGAUUGGGUCAACAAACAGGCACAUUUGCCCAAAAUCAACGAGGUACAAGCGAUUUUGUUCCUCCAAAGCUGCAACUACCGAAAUGAAGCGGCCAAAAGUGCAAUUGAUUCGUAUUUUACUGUGAAAACGUUUUGUGCCGAUUUAUUCGGAGGUCGCAACCCUUUACAGUCACCCCUUAGAGAAAGUCUAAAUGUUGCACUUUUUGCUUUUUUGCCCAAAAAAACGCCCCAAGGCGACACGAUUAUUUUCAUGAAGUUGAUGGAUUCAAACCCGGACAAUUACAAUUUUUCCGUACAAUUGAAACACUUUGAUAUGGUCUGUAUGUUGGGCUUGCAUCAGGAAGGAGUUUCAAAUGGUCAUAUAAUUGUCCUGGAUAUGAAGGAAGUGGUUUUUGGGCAUUUGACCAAACUUGGGCCUCUGGCCAUGAAAAAAUUUUUGUACUAUUUGCAGGAAGCAAUGCCUUUGAGGCUCAAAGGGCUGCAUUAUUUUAAUAUUGUGCCCUUUAUGGACAAAAUUCUGGCUUUGAUGCGGCCCUUUAUGAAGAAGGAGCUCCUAGAUAUGCUUUAUUUGCACAACACUGUGGAUGAUUUGGUUAAGUUUGUACCAAGGGAGUGUCUACCACUUGAUUAUGGUGGUUCAGUUGAAUCAACUCAUGUCAUACAUGAGAAAACUAAAAAUAAGUUACGUGAAAAUUGUGCAUUUUUCGAUUGGGAGGAUAAACAAGUUGUGGAUGAGAGUCAAAGGGCCGGAAAACCGAAAAAUGUUAGCGAUAUUUUUGGAGUUGAAGGCACUUUUAAAAAAUUGGAGUUGGAUAUUAAAAAAAAAAUGUCGCUUAAUUUAGCCGACGUUAAGUGCGAAUAUUCAAAAAACCCAACAUUGAAACAAGAAGAUGUGAAAUCGCUAAUGGAAUGGGUUAACAAACAACCCCAUCUUCCGAAAAUUAACGAAUUGCAAGCGAUUUUAUUCCUCCAAAGUUGUUACAACCGAAACGAGGCUGCGAAAGCAGCCAUUGACACUUUUUUCACCGUUAAAACCCUCUGUUCUGACUUAUUCGGGGGGAGAAACCCCCUAACAUCCCCCAAUAAAGACACAAUGAACGUCUCACUUAUGACACCCCUCCCUCGGGAAACCCCCGAAGGUCAUUGCAUUUUUCUCUUCAAAUUGAUUGACACCAACCCUGAUAAGUACAUUUUCGGCGACCAAUUGCGCUGUUUUGACAUGAUGAUCAUGCGGCAUUUGCACCAAUGUGGCACUUCCAACGGCCACUUGAUCCUCUUUGACAUGAAAGGCGUGGUUUUUGGGCACGUGACUAAACUGGGCCCUUUGAAUAUGAAGAAAUUUUUGUACUAUCUUCAGGAGGCAAUGCCUGUAAGGCUCAAAGGGUUGCACUUUUUCAAUAUUGUCCCUUUCAUGGACAAAAUCCUAGCCUUGAUGAAGCCCUUCAUGAAGAAAGAAAUGAUAGAUAUGUUGUAUUUGCACAACACUGUGGACGACUUGGUCAAGCAAGUGCCCCGCGAUUGUUUGCCCCAGGAAUACGGAGGUUCGGCUGAAAGCAUGACGAUUUUGCACGAAAAAAUGAAACGGACGUUGUGCGAAAAUUCUGCGUUUUUUGAAUGGGAGGAUGGGCAAAAGGUUGAUGAGAGUUUAAGGCCCGGAAAGCCGAAAAAUGUGGGUGAUUAUUUCGGAGUUGAGGGUACUUUUAAAAAGUUGGAAUUAGAUUAAUGUCAUUGUGGAAGUAGAUAAUUAUAUGACAUGCAUCAUUGUAAA